AUGUCUUAUCAUUCUUUCUUACCUACUCCCUUUUAUUCAUCUAUUUCUUCCUUAUUUGCAUCAUUCAGCCGUUCAUUGUUUUUUCUUCAUUUAUUCAUUCGUUCUUUCCAUAUUUCAAUCCUUCGUGUAAUCAGUCGUCUCAACUUUACUUCCUUCUUUCUUUCAUUCUUUUCUUCCUUUCAAACUUCCUUCCUUCAUUUUUUUCCUUCAUUCAUUUUUCCUUUCUUCCUUCAUGACUUUAAUAUUUCUUUUUUAUUCAUUCGCUCUUUCCAUAUGUCAAUCUUUUAUGCAAUCAGGUGUCUCAACUUUCCUUCCCUUAUUCAUUAUUUUAUCCUUCCAAUUUUGCUUCAUUCUAACUUUCUUUCAUUGAUUCGUUCUUUCAUUUCUUCCUUCAUAAUUUAUUUAUUUUUCGACGUAAUUAUCCUUCAUUCUUUUCUUCUUCCCAGCCUACUUUCCUUCAUUCAUUUAUUUUUCGUUUUUUUCCUUCAUGAUUUCUUUCAUUAUUUCUUUUGUUUACUCAUUCGUUCUUCCCAUAUGUCAUUCCUUCAUGCAGUCAUUCGUUUGAACUUUCUUCCCUUCAUUCUUUUUCCCCCUUCCAACCUUCUUCAUUCAUUCUUUCUUUUUUUCCUUCAUGACAUAAAUAUUUCAAUCCUUCAUGCAAUCCCACGUCUCAACUUGCCGUCCUUCCUUCUUUCCUACCUUCCUUCCUUUCUACCUCUCUUCCUUCCAUUCAUUCAUUCAUUCAUUCAUUUUUUCCUUCCUUCCUUUCUUCUUCCCACCCUUCCUUCCUUCUUCCUCCCCUAUUUCAUUCCCUUCACUUUUCCUUUCUUCUUUCUUUCUUUCUUCUUCCCUCCAUCCCUUCUUCCUCCCUCCCUUCCUUCCUUCCUCCUCCCCUCUACUUUCCUUCCUUCCGUCAUUCUUUCCUUCCUUACCUCCUUCCUUCCUUACUCCCUUCCAUCAUUCCUUCUUUCCUUCCUUACUCCCUCCCUUCCUCGUUUGCUUCUUUCCUUCCUUACUCCCUUCCUUCCUCCUUUCCUUCCUUCCAUACUCGCUUCCUUCCUCCUUUCCUUCCUUCCUUACUCCCUUCCUUCCUCCUUUCUUCCUUUCCUUCCUUCCUUCCUUCCUCAUUUCCUUCCUUCUUUAUUCCCUUCCUUCCCCCUUUCCUUCCUUCUUUCCUUCUUUACUCCCUUCCUUCCUCCUUUCCUUCAUUACUUCCUUCCUUACUUUUACUCCUUGCCUUCCUCUUUCCUUCGUUCCUUCUUUCCUUCCUUACUCCAUUCUUUCCGUCCUUUCAUCCGUACUCCCUUCUUUCCUUGCUUCUUUCCUACCUUACUCCCUUCCUUCCUACUUUCCUUUUCUUCUUUCCAUCCUUACCCUUACUUACUCCCUUACUACCUCCUUUCCUUCCUUCCUUCGUCCUUUCCUUCCUUCUUACCUUUCUUCCUCAUUUCCUUCCUUAAUCCCUUCCUUCCUUACUUCUUUCUUUCCUACGUUACACCUUUCCUUCCUCCUUUCCUCCCUUCUUUCCUUCCUUCCUUCCUUACUCCCUUCCUUCCUUCUUUACUCCCUUCCUUCCUCCUUUCCUUCCUUCUUCCUUCCUUACUCCCUUCCUUCCUCCUUUCCUUCCUUCCGUAG